AUGUCGGCCACGCUGCAAACAAGUUUGAAGGAGAAAAUCUGCGAGUCAGUGGAAAUUCCAAUUCUAACAAGAUGCUGCUUUUGCUUCCCGCUCCGGAAGGGGCUUAUCGCCUUCGCAUAUGUCAAUACGAUGCUGACAAUAGCAGUGACGAUAAUGCUGUCCCUCUAUAUCUCCUACGUAAGGAAUUCGGAGAUAGCUGACACAUCCGAAUACCCAAGACUGAUAGCUGAUACGACGGCGUUAGUGUUGGAGAUCGUCAUGUCUAUGUUGUUUAUCGUAGCUUUACAUAUGAAACAAGUGCUACUAAUGAAGGUCUACCUGAACUUCGAGAUAAUAUUCUCAGCGAUUGGCUUCGUGUAUAGCCUGGCUUUCCUCACCAAGGAGACAGCUAGUGAACUGUUCCUAAUCCUGUUUCAACUUAUGGUACAAAUCUACCUGGUGAUAUUAAUCUGGAGUUCAAUUGUGAAGAUGAAACGAGAUGGCACAGUGAAGUACACGAGAGACGGGGAUACAGUAUAA